UUUUUUAUAAAUAAUUUGUUUUGAAUUUUCAUUUUGAAACUAUUUUUAAAAGAUUAAAAAUUUUAAAUAUUUAUUUAUAUAUUUAUUAAAAUCUCAAGUUCCACAUUCUAAACCAUAUCUCAUCCUUCAAUUUUAAACCAUAAAUAUAAAUUAAUUAAUCAUAGAUUUAUAAAUAUGAAAAAUAAAUGGUACUAUAAAUGAGUUAUUUUUGGCAAUUUUUCAAAACAAAAUCAAAAUAAAAAACUAUAGAAAAAGAGAAGGUUAACGGAAACAGGUAAAGUCUAUUGAAAACGACGGUUCAUGGUCAAUCGGGAAUCUCUGGGAGAAAACCUCAAUCAUGGAGUCGUGAAGGUGAAGGAGAUUCCUUUUGCUUACGCUCUGAUUCGAUCUUCGUGAUCGAAAAGCCCUAGUUUAGUUUGAGAUCCUCCCGAUUCAAGCUAAGAAGCCAAGGAACUUCAGACGAUUGAGGGAGAAUUAGGGAUUUGGUUUUUGGGAUGACGAGCUUUCGUGUGGGAGGGAAGGUAGUGGAUAAGGUUGAUUUACGUAGGAAGAAACACUGGGCGUGGCGUUUGGAUGUUUGGCCCUUUGCGAUUCUCUAUGCUACUUGGCUGACUACUAUAGUCCCCAGCAUAGACUUCACUGAUGCUGCCAUCGCGCUUGGUGGCCUUGUUGCUUUCCACAUCUUAGUCUUGCUUUUCACUGCGUGGUCUGUGGAUUUCAAGUGCUUUGUCCAGUUUAGCAAGGUUAACAGUAUCGAUCAGGCAGAUGCGUGUAAAGUUACCCCAGCCAAGUUUUCUGGUUCUAAAGAAGUUGUGCCUCUUCAUUUUCGUAGCCAAUUGAUAGGUUCCGCAUCUUCGAAGGACAUGGAAGAAAUAUUCUUUGACUUCAGAAAGCAGCGUUUUAUAUACUCAAAAGAGUUAGGAGCCUUUUCCAAGCUUCCUUACCCCACAAAGGAAACAUUUGGUCAUUAUUUAAAAUGUACUGGUCAUGGUACAGAAGCUAAAGUUGCUACUGCCACUGAGAAGUGGGGAAGGAACGUAUUUGAUUAUCCUCAACCUACAUUCCAGAAGCUGAUGAAAGAAAACUGCAUGGAACCUUUUUUUGUGUUUCAGGUUUUCUGUGUGGGUCUUUGGUGCUUGGAUGAGUUCUGGUAUUACAGUGUGUUCACACUGUUCAUGCUUUUCACGUUCGAGUCAACAAUGGCAAAAGCCCGGCUGAAGACAUUAACCGACCUGAGACGUGUUAGGGUUGACAGUCAGACUGUGAUGGUCUAUCGAUGCGGGAAGUGGGCGAAGCUCUUAGGUAUAGAUCUGCUGCCAGGAGAUGUUGUGUCCAUUGGGAGACCUUCAACUCAAACGGGAGGAGAGGAUAAGACAGUACCAGCGGACAUGCUUUUACUGGUAGGAAGUGCUAUUGUAAAUGAAGCCAUUUUGACUGGCGAGUCAACUCCCCAGUGGAAGGUUCCAAUUGCUGGCGAAAGAUCGGAUAACAAAUUAUCGAUCAAAAGGGGUAAAAAUCAUGUUUUAUUUGGCGGGACCAAGAUCUUGCAACAUUCACCUGACAAGUCAUUUCCUCUGAAAACCCCUGAUGGUGGCUGUCUAGCUGUUGUUCUCCGAACUGGAUUUGAGACAAGCCAAGGAAAACUAAUGAGGACAAUUUUGUUUUCUACGGAGAGGGUUACUGCAAACAGUUGGGAGAGUGGUCUGUUCAUAUUAUUUCUAGUUGUAUUUGCCGUGAUAGCAGCUGGUUAUGUUCUUGUAAAGGGUCUUGAGGAUCCUACACGGAGCAAAUAUAAGCUCUUGCUAGGCUGUUCACUUAUCAUCACCUCAGUGAUCCCGCCCGAAUUACCCAUGGAAUUAUCGAUUGCUGUCAAUACGUCAUUACUUGCUCUUUCACGUCGUGGGAUAUUCUGCACAGAGCCUUUUAGGAUCCCUUUUGCUGGGAAGGUUGAUUUGUGUUGUUUCGAUAAGACUGGUACACUCACGUCAGAUGACAUGGAGUUUCGAGGAGUUGGGGGCUUGACUGAUUCUGUAGAGGCAGAGACUGAUAUGAGCAAGGUUCCUGUACGCACAUUGGAGAUUUUGGCUUCUUGUCAUGCCUUGGUCUUUGUAGACAACAAGCUGGUCGGAGAUCCUCUUGAGAAGGCUGCACUUAAGGGAAUAGACUGGAGUUACAAGUCUGAUGAAAAGGCCUUGCCAAGAAAGGGAAAUGGCAACUCGGUGCAGAUUAUGCAGAGAUACCAUUUUGCUUCGCAUCUGAAGAGAAUGUCAGUUAUCGUUUGUAUUCAGCAGGAAUAUUUUGUGUUUGUGAAGGGUGCACCAGAGACCAUCCAAGAUAGGCUUGUGGAUGUGCCUGCUUCAUAUAUCGAAACAUAUAAGAGAUACACACGCCAAGGAUCUCGAGUUCUAGCUCUUGCAUUUAAACGACUUCCUGAUAUGACGGCUAGUGAGGCUAGAGAGAUGGACAGAGAUGCUGUCGAGAGUGACCUUACUUUUGCUGGAUUUGCGGUAAUGGCACACUGCUUUAGGCAGCUUUACUUUCUUCAUGUCUUCAACUGCCCCAUUAGAUCAGAUUCAGCCGCCGUUCUCUUGGAGUUGAAGAAUUCAUCUCAUGAUUUGGUGAUGAUUACUGGUGAUCAAGCAUUGACAGCUUGUCAUGUUGCAAGCGAAGUGCAUAUUGUGUCAAAUCCAGUUUUAAUACUUGGUCAAUCAAAACCUGGUGACAAAUACAAGUGGGUGUCACCUGAUGAGAAAGAGAUCACACCCUACAGUGACAAAGAGAUCGAAACCCUUGCAGAGACCCAUGAUUUAUGCAUUGGAGGUGACAGCAUUGAAAUGCUACAGGCUACAUCUGCUAUUUUGCGAGUCAUUCCGUUUGUCAAGGUUUUUGCGAGAGUUGCCCCACAGCAGAAGGAGCUAAUCUUAACCACCUUUAAAGAUGUAGGAAGAGGAACUCUGAUGUGUGGGGACGGGACAAAUGAUGUUGGAGCAUUGAAGCAGGCGCAUGUUGGAGUUGCCUUACUGAAUGCUGUACCUCCCUCCUCAACUGGAUCGGAAUCGUCUAAAGAUAAUUCAAAGUCAAAGAAACCCAAACCACCAUCAGAACCAACAGCCAGCAAAACCGCAAUUCAGAACGAGGAAGGGUCAUCAAAGGGAAAGAUGACACCCCAAAACCGCCACUUAACUGCUGCUGAACUGCAAAGACAAAAGUUAAAGAAGAUGAUGGAUGAACUAAACAGCGACGAAGGUGAUGGCAGGUCAGCUCCCUUAGUCAAACUUGGAGAUGCAUCAAUGGCGUCUCCCUUCACAGCUAAACAUGCAUCGGUCGCCCCAGUGACGGACAUAAUCCGACAAGGUCGUAGUACACUUGUGACGACUCUUCAAAUGUUCAAAAUCCUCGGUCUGAACUGUCUCGCCACAGCUUAUGUCCUAAGCGUUAUGUACUUAGACGGUGUGAAGCUCGGUGAUGUCCAGGCUACAAUCAGCGGCGUAUUAACAGCUGCGUUUUUCCUCUUCAUAUCUCACGCUCGACCUCUUCAAACCCUCUCUUCAGAGCGACCACACCCGAGCGUCUUCUCCCUGUACCUCUUCCUCUCUCUCCUCGGACAGUUUGCUGUUCACAUAACCUUCUUGAUCUACUCGGUCAAAGAAGCUGAGAAACACAUGCCAGAGGAAUGCAUCGAACCAGACGCCACAUUCCAUCCUAAUUUGGUGAACACAGUGUCAUACAUGGUGAGCAUGAUGCUUCAGGUUGCGACAUUCGCUGUGAACUACAUGGGACAUCCUUUUAACCAGAGUAUCAGAGAAAACAAACCCUUCUUCUACGCGCUCAUCGCUGGAGCAGGUUUCUUCACGGUGAUCGCGUCUGAUCUGUUCAGGGACCUGAACGAUUCGUUAAAGCUGGUUCCGUUACCAGAAGGUAUGAGGGAUAAGCUUCUCCUGUGGGCUUUGCUGAUGUUCGUCAUCUGCUACUCGUGGGAACGGUUCCUCAGGUGGGCUUUCCCUGGUAAGAUUCCUUCGUGGAAGCAUAAACAAAGAAGUGUCGCUGCAAAUCUGGAGAAGAAGAAGAAGGUAUAAUAUUAAGAAGAAGAGACAAAACAGGUUAGGUUGAAGGUAAUCAAUCAUCGAAUCCAUACAUUUAUAAAACUCGAGAGUAUUUGGGGAGCUUCGAAGUCACAUGAGAAUAGGUCUUAAGACAUUUUGUUCGCUGUUAUAGUUUAAGGUUUCUUCUCAUCUCUUGUUAUUUUUGUUACUACGCUCUAAGAAGCAAAAAUACAUCCCUCACAUUCUUUGAACUGAAUACAAGGGGUUUAACAUUAGUCUCUA